AUGAGAGCAGAUGAAUACGAGGCACACUGCAAGAGGAAGGGGAGGAAUGGUUGGUUAAUAGAGGAUCAGCAGAUCAUUUGCCUCAGGGCCCUCGGGCAGGCCACUCCUCGAUACUGUAGGUGCUGAGCAGCACAUAUCUAAACAUCCCACUCUUCCACGUCUAUGAUGUACGUUUCCAUGUUGCUUGUUGUUAAAGGGUGCAGUGUCUGUGUGUGGAUCUGGGUCUUUGUGCAGCUAAUUUCAAUGCAGGUGAAAAUAUAAAUUGUCUCUAUUAUCCCCCUGCAUUUCUGUGUUUGUGAGUGAGUGAGUGAGUGUGUGUGGUACCAUGCCGGGUUUUGAGAUUGGCUUGUCAAUGCGUCGCGGCCUCACCUUUGCCACGGGCCUGGUGGAGUGUCUGUGUUUUGCCGGAGCUGUGUUCGGAUGGGCUUCGCUUGUAUUCGUCUUGAAGACAGAGGGAUACUUCAGCGAUCUGUGCGUCAACACCACCGGAGUCAAUGGAACACAGGUCUUAGAUUGCAGUGGACAGGAUGAGCAGUUCUCACUUGUCUUCACCAUCGCUUCCUUCAUGAACAAUUUCCUGACAUUGACCAGCGGUUUUCUCUUUGACCGUUUUGGCACGACAGUGGCCCGGCUCUUUGGAAUAUGUCUUUACUCCACGGGAACUAUGAUGGUGGCCUUCUCCACUUCAGCUAUGUCCAACCUGCUCUUCCCAGCUCUCACCCUCCUGGCAGUCGGUGGCAUCAUGUUUCUGAUCACCAACAUACAGGUUGGGAACUUGUUCGGCUCACAUCGUUCCACCAUCAUCACGAUCUAUAACGGGGCCUUUGACUCGUCCUCAGCCCUGUUUUUUAUCAUCAAGUUGUUACAUGAGGUCGGAGUCUCUCUCCGAUCCGCCUUCCUCUUCCUGACGGCCUGCAGCAUCAUUCAUGUGUUCAGGACUUUCUUCCUAAUGCCCAGAAGAUUCAUUCCCUACCCUCUGCCUGAUCACUACACCUACGGGAUAACCUGUGGUAAAUCAACCGCCCUGAGCUCCAAAGUUGCAGAGAAUGGGGACACACAGUCGGAGACAGAGAACUUGCACAAGCCGCUCGACAAGGACGCCCCCGCGAAACAAGAGAAGAGUUUCCGGGAGUGUCUGCUGUCCAGGUUCUUUGUGCUCCACCUGCUCUGGUUGUCGGUGAUGCAGCUCAGACAUUACCUGUUUAUCGGAACCCUCAACCCCAUGCUGGAGGGGCUGACAGAUGGAGAGCCCUCGCUGGUGAGCAAGUACAUCAAUGCCUUCGCCCUCACCCAGCUGUGUGGAGUGCUCUGCGCCCCCUGGAACGGCCUCAUCCUGGACAGACAUAAGGGCAAACCUUGUGCUCUGGGCGAGAGUGAACAGGAGGCCGACCUGCGGGCCACCGUGCUCUCUCUCUUCCUGACAGCGCUGCAGUGCGUGUUCUUCUCAGUUUGUGCCACCAUCCCGUACCUGCCCCUGCAGUACCUCACCUUCAUCCUGCAGGUGCUCAACCGCUCCUUCCUCUUCGGUGGAAACGCGGCCUUCAUCAGUGUGGCCUUCCCGUCACGUCACUUUGGGAAGCUCUACGGUCUGGUCAUGGCUCUGUCUGCAGUGUUUACCAUACUGCAGUAUCCCUGCGUUUCUCUGGUGAAGGGACCUCUGGGUGGAGACCCUUUAUAUCUGAACGUCGCCCUGACGCUGCUCAGCCUGCUGGCCUUCAUCCAUCCCCUCUCCGUCUGCCUGCACUGUCGAGGUCUGGCCUCGCUGCGAGCCGGGAGCCAAGCCGAGCCUGCUUCUUCUCAAUGACUGUGAAUUGAGACUAAACCUAAAUUGUAUUUUAUAUCUCCAGUGACACUGUUACCUCCUCAGUUUGUUUUUAUGGCUGUGUUGCCACAUGUGGGACAUUAAGUCCUGCAUUCAUGAAUGCUCUACAGAUUGUAGCAAAAUGUGGUCACAGUGUGCUCGCCAAACUCUAAAAGCGUGUUCACAGACGUAUUGACUGUGGUUCCCAGCCUGGUCUGACUGGACAUCUGUUUAAGUUACAAAUAGUUCACACAGAUGUGGUGCUAAAUGCUCUUUUUUGUGUCUUAUUUAAUGCUAGCCACCUAUCACAUCCUGGUUAUGGUGGCUGUAAAGUGCCAAACGAUGACACCGUUUUUUGUAAAAAGAUGAAAGAGACACAUUGAGGAGAUGAAAUCACAAACACCAGACAUGAAAAUGUGAAGCCCCUCUGCUCGGGCAAAGGUGGCUAUCUAUUUACAAGUGGCAUUAAAUCACAAGAUUGACCACACGGGUGCAGUUUAAUUGUACCCAUGAUGCAACGAGAAUGGAUUGCGAUCCAAUUGGCCAAACUAUACCUCCGGAGGUGUUCAGGGAAGCAUUGUGACCACGUGGGGAUUACAAGGCAGCACAGCUCUGCCCUCUGCUGGACUCUCAGUGGAGAUGUUUUACACAGAAAUGUGUUCUGUCAUUCUCAGGUGUUUGGUGUUUGUGUAACACAGUAGCAGAAUUUCUAACGUCAACUCCUACCUGCCAACUAAUGUUGACAAGUAAAGAAUUAUGUGUUUCCGUUUUAUAUUUUCUUUUUUUUAUUAUUCCAAUUGGUGGAAGAACUUUGCCUAAAUGUAACAUUAAAUAUGCAAAUAUGAGGAUUGUGCUUAUAUUAAUAAUGCCUUUUGAUAUGAACUGAAGGGAAAGUAGUAAAGGGCAUUAUUCUAUUUUGAGCUUUACUUUUGCCCAAAUAAAUGUUUCAGCUCUUCACCGUUGAGAGGAAUUAUGUUCCUGCAGGUGGUAUAACAAUGCAAUUGAAAUCUAUUAAACUGAAAUGAAUGUACAUGAAACAUCUCUGGUAACUCUGUGUUUUACAUUAAAUGAUAUUAAAGGCUUUUUACCAGU